GUAGUCGGAUAGAGGCAGCGGUAGGAGUUUGAAGCAGUAGACUGAUGUCAGCACUCCAGUCCACAACUCUUGCUACAGAAAUGAACAACAAUCUAGCGGGAGACGAAAUUGGGAAGCUGUUUGUGGGUGGAUUAGACUGGAGCACCACACAAGAGACUUUAAGAAACUACUUCUCCCAGUAUGGAGAGGUUGUGGACUGCGUUAUCAUGAAGGACAAAAGCACAAAUCAGUCCAGAGGCUUUGGGUUUGUGAAGUUUAAAGACCCAAACUGUGUUCGUACUGUAUUGGACACCAAACCUCACAACCUUGAUGGUAGAAAUAUUGACCCAAAGCCAUGCACUCCAAGAGGAAUGCAGCCUGAGAAGACACGGGCAAAAGAUGGCUGGAAAGGAGGUAAAAGUGACAGCAAUAAAUCCAAGAAGAUAUUUGUUGGUGGAAUUCCUCACAACUGUGGUGAACCUGAACUCAGGGACUAUUUUAACACAUUUGGAGUGGUCACAGAGGUGGUAAUGAUCUAUGAUGCGGAGAAGCAGAGACCCCGAGGUUUUGGAUUUAUUACUUUCGAGGCCGAACAAUCAGUGGACCAGGCUGUCAACAUGCAUUUUCACGACAUCAUGGGCAAAAAAGUUGAAGUGAAGAAGGCUGAGCCUCGGGACAGCAAAGGUCCUGGCCCUGGGCAGCUGGGAGCCAAUCAGUGGGGACCCAGAGCAAUCUUAAGUGCAGCCAAUGGCUGGGCUGCGCAGCCUGCUCAGAGCUGGCAGCAGAGCUACGGGCCUCAGGGGGUUUGGGUAUCUACAGGGCAGCCAUUAGGUGGAUAUGGUCCUCCUUUGCCAGCAGGCAGAGGAGCUCCUGCACAACCUCCCUCUCCUUUUAAUGCGUUUCUAGUCACAGCGCCCCCAACAGGAGGAUUUGGGGCACCUCAGGGAUAUCCCCAGCAGGGCUACAGCACAACCCCUCAGUUUGGGUAUAGUUUUGGCACGCCUCAAGGCGACCAAUUCGUGCCACAAGGAAUUCCUCCUCCUCCCACAACUCCUGGAACAGGGCCCCUGGGCUUUGCACCUGCCACCACCCCUACUCAGGACAUGAGCAAAGCCCCUCCCGCACAGCCCGACUUCUCCUACAGCCAGUAUGGCUUGGGUAACUAUCCUCAGGACCCCUCUGCCUACGGACCAACGCGUCCUUCUCACAAUUAUGGUCAGGAUGAGCAGGGAUAUAGUGCAGCAGGUUAUGGGCAGGACCUGAGUGGCUUUGGACACAGCUUUGCUGACCCCAACCAACAAACUGCUUCGUACGGUGCCCCUUCUGCACAGCCGUCAUCAGGUCCGCAGCCAGCAGCGAGCAGCUUUGGCCGUGGCCAGAACCACAAUGUGCAAGGCUUCCAUCCAUAUCGGCGCUGAGCGUUUCCCUCCCACUUCCACAAUGCAAUACAACUCGUCAGGGAAAUGGAUGUUUUGAUCCCAAACAAAACUGGAUUUUGGGGCUGGUGUUUGCUGAACAUUAUAAACAUAAUUGGAGCGUGUUUGUGUGUGUGUGUAAAUUGUGAACAGAGACUAUACUCCUAUAUGAGGAGACCAUAUUAGUUGUGUAUUUUAUAUUAGGGCAGAGAUAAUUAGCAAUAGAUUUUUGAAUGUCUGGGGAAACAUCAGCACAGAACCGUACCAGACAAUGGAGUGACAGGGUCUCCCAUUUCUUCAGCUUUAAUUCUGUUAGGGGAAAAUGUUUUAUUUUCAAUUUUGUGAAUUUUGUUUACUCUCCGAGCCUUUGACCAUUUUAUUUAAAAUUUGUUUGAAAUAGAACUUACAAAUAUGUAUUAUACACCUAAACUGUGCAGUUUUUUAAAGAAUUUUGUACUACUAUAUGUGCGCUUUUCUUGUUUUUUAUUUAAGGAUGUAGAUUUCCCUCAGGUGGCUGUUUUAGUGCACUUUGCACUUAUGCAAAAAAGAAAGAAAUUUUAUUUGAAAUAAAUGAUUUAAUGAAACCUAUUGCUGAAAACUUUUAAUGUUUCAGUCUAUUUUUUGUGAAUAUAUUGUUACAGGAUUACUUAAAUAAUAUAUAAAGGUGAUAUUACAGAGUUACAGUGCCACGAAUGCUAAGUUUUAUUUAGAAACUAAACAGGAAAUGUUAGCAGGAAGUACUAAAUGCUGAGUGGUCUCCCUAUCUCGGGGUGAAAAACGCAUUGUAUGUAUUUGGUGGAGCAUUGUUGCAAUAUUCAAUAAAAGUCUGCCAUUUUGUUUAAUUUUA